UCACCACAACGAAACCAAAACGUGUGCUUUUCAUUUCUGCAGGGGAAAGCUUCUCUCUUUUGAGCCCAUAUGUUUCUGGGUGAGGACUCAAGGCGAAGAAGAAGAAGAAGAAAAACCCCAAAUUUCUCUGAUCAUCCAAGAAAGGGAAACCAAGCAGCGAGCUUUUGAUGCAGAAAAAUAUGGCGCAUGACACACGAUCUAGUCGGAAAGUCAAGGAUGACGAGAGUAACAAUUCAAUCGGGAGGCAGAUUAGUAGUAAAGGAUCCAGUACUUCCGGCUCCUCAACGUCAGAUACACCUGUCUUAAGAAGGUCUUCUAGAGAAACAUUGUUGAAGAAAAACAACACUCUGAGCCCUUCUAGUACUCGGAAGUCUGAACAACUUGAGAAACCAAUACCUGAAACUCCUCCAGCUAAGAAGAAAUCUGAGAUAGUUGAGAAUAAGUCCACGCCAAGUCCUUUAAGGAGGUCCGAGAGAGGCAAGACUCACUCAUCCACUUCUUCUGCAUCUAAAACAUCUAAUAACAGCUUGGAUUCAUUAUUAAUGAAGGGGAUUAGGGAAAAGAAAGAGAAGACUGUGAAAGAAUUGACCUUGGGAACUAAAGAACUUUGCAAAAGCGAGAAACAAAAUGUAGGACAUGGACUGGUCAAACAAAAAAGAUUGAACUCUCGUGCUUAUAUUGCAAGUCUCCUAAAACAUGCUAAAGCACCAGAUCAUGUUCCGAAGCAGAGUGAUGAACUUACACUGCAACCAUGUCAUAAUGCCAUAACUGAAGAUAUUGAUCAUGUGUCUGAAAGGGUACAUGUGGAUGGUACUGCAUUAAAGACGCCAGAGCUGACAACUUCUACAUCGAAUGGAAGGAUUUCUGCUGUUCAUACUGGCUUAGAAGACAGCGACUGUAUUACACCUUCUAAAAGAAAAAGGAAGAUGGCUGAUGGAUCUGAUUCUUCUGGAGUAAAUGCAAGUAAAGAUGUCUGCACUGUGGUUGAUACCGGCUCGGCUUUGCCAUCUGGGUGUACAGGAAAUGUUUCGGUUGAAACAUGUGGUAUCUGUUUCAAGCGACAAAGGGUAGACAAUGAUCCAAUGAAGCAGGAAAGUUGCUCUUGUGGAACAAAAUUGAAUCAGGAGUUUUCUGGUGGUGCAAAUAAGCAGAAGGAGUUGUCUGCAGAUCUCCAAUCAAAUGGUGAAGAAAAUAGUCAAAAUACUUGCCUCAUUUGCACUUUUGGAGGGAAGCUCUUGUGCUGUGAUGGAAAAGGAUGCAAGAGAAGCUAUCAUCUUUCUUGUCUAGAUCCUCCUAUGAAUGAUGCUCCUAUUGGAGUCUGGCACUGUUCUGUGUGUGUUCAGAAAAAGAUAGAAUCCAGAAUACUAUCUAUAUCAGAUGGACCAGAGUCACUCAGAAAUGCUAGAAAUCUGGAGGUAUCAGAUGCCGAUGGUAUGAAUUCUUCCAGGUUUAUAGAGUACUGGGUUCCUGUAGAGAUAUCAAAUGUUCAGCGAGAGCUAUACUGUGAAAAGCUACUGUUAAAUCCCUCAUUGCUUCACUUAUCUUCAUCAAAAGAUCUUGUUGGAGCACUCCCUGAUCUACUUAGAUCUACCCGAAAGUGCUGUGAUCACCCUUACAUUGAGGAAGCAUCUUUACAAGAGAAAGUUAUGGAAUUUGAAGGCCUUCAAGCAAUUGACAGUUUCGAAGUAAAAAAGAAAGCAAUGUUGGAUGCAGGAAUAAAGGCAAGUGGCAAGCUUCAGCUUCUUGACAUGAUGCUUAUGGAGAUAAAGAAUAGAGGUCUAAGAGCUCUAAUCCUAUUUCAGUCAACAGGUGGUCUGGGAAUUUUGAUAGGAGAUAUAUUGGAUGAUUUCCUGCGUCAAAGGUAUGGUGAAGACUCUUAUGAACGAGUUGAACAGGGUGUUGUUCCUGCUAAGAAAGGUGAGGCAAUGGACAAGUUUAACAAUAAGGACUGUGGUAGGUUUGUGUUUUUAUUGGAGACUCGUGCCUGUCGUUCCAGCAUCAAACUAUCAUCAGUUGAUACUAUUAUUAUAUUUGGUAGUGACUGGAACCCAGUGAAUGAUGUAAGAGCCUUGCAAAAGAUAUCAAUCGAUUCACAGUUUGAGCAGAUAAAAGUAUUUCGCUUAUAUUCAACUUGUACCAUAGAGGAGAAAGUUCUGAUUCUGGCAAAGGAGGAGAAGAUUCUUGAUAGCUAUCUGCAUAAUAUUACCAAGUAUAAUUGUCAGUUGCUACUUUCGUGGGGUGCACCUUAUCAAUUUGUUAAACUGAAUGAGUUCCAUGGAAACAACUCGCCAGGCUCCAGUGUAACACCUCUGAAAGAUGUCAUCCAGGAAUUUGUAUCCCUACUUCCUCAGGAUGCCAAAAACAGUGGCUUCAGUGGUUUCUCUGUUAUCACAAGAGCUCAUCAAACAGGAGGAGGUUACAGUGCGAAGACUAUCUUGUUUGGUGAAUUGAAAUGUCAACAUAUGGGUGAUGGGAAACCACUUAGUUUUUGGUUAAAACUGUGGGAGGGAAAGCAUCCUCAGUGGAAAUAUUGUAUUGGUUUGUCUCAGAGGAACAGAAAAAGGGUAAAACAUACUGACGAACUAUCAAAGAAACCACAAGUUGAAAGUGAUGAAGCUGUAAAGAAACGGAAGAAGGUGGGAAAUAGUAAUAACGACUCGGCCAAUUUAAAGCCUGGAUUUGAGGGAAAAUCAACUCCUGUGUCUGAGGAUGGAGCUUCUGUAACUCGAGCAGACCAUGUGCCUCGCUCUUCUUCUAGGUUAUCUGCUUUUGUAGAUAAUGAAAGCAUUUUAGCAAUACCAGAAAGUGACAAUUCUGAGGAGAGAAGGAAAGUGCUUGAUGCACAGAAGAGUCUGCAUCUUCAUUUGAAGCCUGAGAUAUCAAAACUUUGUGGGAUCCUACAAUUCUCAGAGCUUCACAAGGUUUGGGUUGAAAAGUUUCUUGAAUAUGUAGUGAAGAAUCACAAUGUUAAUAGAGAAUCAGCAACCAUAUUGCAGGCAUUUCAGAUAUCUGUGUGUUGGACUGUGGCUUCAAUUCUGAAGCACAAAGUCGACCACAAAGAAUCGUUUGCACUUACAAAGCGGCAUCUUAGCUUCAAUUGCCAAAAGGAAGAGGUGGAUCGUGUUUAUUCAAUGUUGCGGUGUCUGAAGAAAACGUUUCUAUACCGUACAGGGAAUUUUAAGGCUGCAGAUUCUCCAAAUUUUUCUGAACUUCCAAAUAAUGGUACAAUUUCAAACUUGCAGGGGGUCAAAUCAGGUGUUGAAGACUAUCAGAUAUAUUUAGUGAAAAAGGAUCUCUCAAAAUGCAUCAAUGAAAUUCAGAAAAAGUUUGAGAAGAAGAUGAAAAAACUUCUUGAGAAACAAUGUGAAGAGAGAAGUCGAGUUUUGAAAUUUCUCGAGUUGGAAAAGGAGCAACUUGAAAAGAAGCACAAAAUAGAGUUGGCUGUAAAUCGAAUUGCUUCAGUGAGUGCAGAUAGACUGAGGAUCAUGGAAACUGACUUUGAAAAGGAAAUUGAAGAGCAUAAACACCGAGUGGACAUACAAUUGCAAGUUCUUGAGAAAUUACAGCUGGAAGCAAGGCUUAAGCUCAAAGAGAAAGAAAACCUACGAGUAGAGGAUGUGCAAAAUUGGGUUCGUGAUGAGUUAUUGAAUAGGUCACCUUCAAAUGCACCUGAUGAGAUUGUAGCGUGUACCAGUCCUGUUGCAACAGUCACAACUCCAACUGGACCCAUUAUUCCAAAUGGUGCACUUGAUCCAAUGAAUUCUGAGGUUUUUUAUUUCAGUGGGAAAUACAAGAAUAGCAUUUCUGGUGAUAAUCAAGCAAAUGUUGCUUCUGUGAUUCCUUGUGCCAAAGAGCUGAUGACUAAUGGAGGCACAUCAGAAAAUGGAGAGGCUCUGCUGGAUGUCCCGGAAUUCUGCUCUAGCAAAGUUGUCACCCCCGGUCUUCCUUCUUUUGAGGAAAGGAUUGACAAGUCUGACAAAUUACCCAUUCGUGAUAGGGAUGUUGGAGCGGAAGAUCUUGUAACUGUCGGUUCAACUGAUGGUCCACUGACUCAUUCUGGUACAGAACAGUAUCCUCAUGGGGCUGCAUUAAGCAUGCCUGACAGAGAGGCUCCACUAGAAUUGCAUGAGACUGUCAGUUCGAUUCAUGGUGUGCAUAAUGUUGGGUCUGUGAGCCCAUGUGCAUCUGAAGAACAAAUCCGUGUAGUAACAGUAAAUAUACCAGGUAAUGAGGUUGAGUCGGCAGUGGUUGCAACUGUCAGUUCCAAUGAUGCUGUGAGGAAUCUUCUCAAUAGGGUUCCAACUUCAUCUGAACAAAUGAUUGUUGAAAAUCCUACAGAAACAGAGAGCGGUGAAGUGCUUUUUACUGCAUCUGAUGUUGUAACUGGGUUCAACCAGCAGAAAGGAGUUGAUAACGAGUUAUCUUCAGCUGCUCAAUCGGUUGCAAAUAUAGAGUCUGAGCAGUCAGACCAUGAACUGGCCACCAAUAUGCCUGGAGGACCAUCCUCUGAGACACCAGACCCUAGUCCUCAGGUUUCUUCAGCUGCUGGUGAGAACAGAGUCCAAGAUACUGUAUUGGCCACAUCGUUUACAGGGCACGAUGGAAAUGCACAAGCUUGCGAAAAGCAUAUUACUUGCCUACCAGUUGAAAAUUUAGCAUCGCAAAAUGUUGUGAUCAGAGCAUCUGAUCAAUCUGAUCAUGAAGAGUUGGUGGUGCAGUUAUCUAAUAGAAAUGAAUUAUCUUCAGCUUGUGAACAUCAAAGAAUUGAAAAUCAAGACAGUGGUAUUCUGUUAGCCACUUCUGCUACGGUACAAGGUGGAGAUGGAGAUGGACGAGCUACUGGGAACCAGAUUACAUGCCAACCACUUGAAAAUCCAGUAUCCCAAUCUGUUGCCAUUGUAGAAUCUGAUCAAGCAGUGCCAACCAAUGCAGCUUUAGUACAACUGCAGCUUCCUCCUGAGUCUGCAGCUGGUGGAAUUGAAAUUCAGCCAAGAAGGGAAGACCACACUUCUAACCAAGUUUCUCAUGCUCCAAUGCAACGUGUGGAGACGUAUUCUAAUCAAUCAACUGAAACUACUUUGCCGCCUGCAUCAAGUCUUUCCUUACAUCAGCCCAUUGAUAUACCUACAAAUGGAUUUGGGCUGCCUUGUUCAGACACACGGGCUACUUCUGCAACUAAUAGUCGUCCUAUUCAUGCUGCUCCCCAAGGGACGCUAAGGAUGCCUCACUAUUCAUACCCUGACCCACUUCAAAAUGAACUGGAAAGAUUGAAUAAAGAAAUGGAACAAAACAUUAAGUCUCAUGAAGAUAAGAAGCUGCAUCUGAAAUCUGAUUACGACAAGAAAAUAGAGGAGGCUGUUGCUGAACUUCAUCGGCAGUGUGAGACUAAACUUCAGAAGGAAGAAGCCGAAUUUCAACAUAAACAGAAGGAACUUGAUGCAAAUCACAACAAAGUUUUAAUGAAUAAGAUUUUGGCUGAGGCUUUCAGGUCUAAAUGUAUGGAUCUUAGAGCAUCAAAUGUGUGCGGAGUGCAGCAAGAUGGAAAUUCUACUUUCAUCCAGCAGCUUGUUCAGUUCACUAUGCAGCAAAAUGCACAGAGGCCUUCUUCAGUUUCUAAUUCAUCAUCGACCAGCCUUCCUGCAGCUAGCCUGCAGACUUCUAUUUCACCCUCACCCAGCCACCAGGCUUCUAUUGUUCCGAUGCUCAACAUGCAGACUUCUAGUGCACCCAGCCUGCAAACGACCCUACCUGCAUCUGCAAUUGCACCCAGUCAACAUUACACGGCUCCAAUCAUGCAGACUGUUCCACUUUCACAUGCUUCUCCGUCCAUUCCAGCAAGACCCCCUCACAUUGGUACCUUCUCUGGCUCCACAGGAAUCCCCCAAGGUGGAGGUCAGAUUCGUUCCCCAGCCCCGCAUCUCCAACCAUUUAGGCCUUCAACAUCCGUUGCAGGGACCAGUCCUCUGUUUCAGCAAGGGGGGAUGUCAAAUCCCCAUUCGCAUAGCAACUCCCUAGCAACUUCUCCAUCACUUCCUCAUAUGCCUCAAAUGCCAGCUCCCACACAACAAACUGUUCCCUCUAGUGGGGUCCAACAUGUUGAAAGUGCAGGAGAUAGCGCAGCGCCUAAUUCUGCAUCUGCGUUGAAGUUGCUUAUGGAUAUGGAGAAACGUUCUGGUGCAAAUCGACAAGGUGGUUUGUUGUCACUGCCGGCUUUAGAUUCAUUGAACCCUCCCGGUCCUGUUUUUGUGAGUAGUGCCUCUGCCAACCCAGUAAAUACAGGUGGAAUUCAUGACAUAGUUUGUUUAUCGGACGAUGACUAACCAGUCAUUAGAUUUGGGUUCUAAAUUCCUCAUAAUGUCAUUACUCUCCAUGUGUCCUUGGUGCUCUAGGUUAUAGGGUAGGGUUGGGAUAUGGCAUAGGAGAAUUUUAGAAGAUGUAACUAGGAACAAUGCUAAUUUUGUUCUAAUUAUUGUAAUAUAGAAACUAGAUAGUCAUGUUCAUCUUGCAAAACCAGGCUCAUAAAAGGGUUGGGUGGGGUUCGAUAAAGCUUUGCUAUCAAAGCAGUGAUUCACAGAAUUGUCAAACAAAGACCAACUUUGAGAGAAACGUGAUUUUCUCUUCACCUUCCCCUCGGAACCAAAGUUCUGCUUCUAGCUCUACAGAUUGCCUUUUCUUCAAGUUUCAAGAGUGCUAUAUUCAAUUAUACAAGUAGCUGGUCGAGUCAAAGUAUAUCAGGAGCGAGAUAUCAGAAAGAUCAGUUUUCUCAAAACGGUCUUCAAUGGGGAGAGGAUUGUAGUUCAAGUUAUCCUCAAAUGCAGAAACUGGUGCAAGUCUUUGUAAUUGAUGCAAUUGUCACUGCACAAUAGAAAUGAUUCAACUUGUAAAUAGGUGACUCAGUUGGCUGUGAUUCUUUUGGACAUGAAUUGGCUGUAAUUUAUUAAAACCGGCAAAGAUAUAGUAUUACCAAGAUCAGAGGAGAUCAAAUGAUGUUCUGCAUUUGUUACUUUUC